AUGAAUAUAUUAUCUUUAAAUAUUAGGGGUAUUGGGGGGUCGAGCAAAUCUGGUUGGGUGAAAGAUAUGGUUUCCGAGCAUGGUAUUUCCUUCUUGUCGUUUCAAGAGUCCAAGUCGGUCGGUGUUUCCGGCUCCGAGAUUACUAAGUUCUGGGGAAAGAGUAAUUUUGGAAUGGAUUUUGUCAAGUUUGUUGGGUUAUCGGGUGGAUUGAUUUGCGUUUGGGAUAAUAAGAUCUUCCAUCAGAUUGGUGGUUCUAAAAACAGACACUUCUUGCAUAUAAAGGGUACUUUGGUGGGUUGUGACUCCCCUGUCAAUGUCCUUAACGUUUAUGCUCCUCAAGGGAUCCCGGCUAAAAAGAACUUGUGGGAGGAGUUGAAAGUGAUAAUUGAUUCUAAUGACGGUCUUUGGGUUAUCUCGGGGGACUUUAAUACGGUUUGGUUCAGAGAAGAAAGGAGGAAUUGUGCUUUCAAACAAGUUUGUGCAAACAAUUUUAAUGAUUUUAUCUUCAAUACGGGUCUGAUUGAGUACAACAUUAGAGGCCGAGCUUUCACUUUUUGCUCGGAUAAUGGCAAUAAGCUCAGCAAGCUCGAUCGUUUCUUUGCGAAUUCGGAUUUUUUUAAUUCUUGGCCAGCGGCUUGUUGUCGAGUAUUACCAAGACUUUGGUCAGACCAUAACCCUAUUCUUUUGGUUUGUCAGACUACGAAUUUCGGUUUGUGCCCGUUUCGGGUAUUUAAUUCAUGGUUUGGGAAGCAAGGGUUUGAGGAGGUAGUGUCUAAAGCUGCUAGCGAGUUUCUGACGCUGGAAGCUCUCCCAGAUGUGAGGUUUAUUAAAAAACUUCAGUUUAUUAGAGACCAGCUGAAAGUAUGGAAGAAAGAUAUAGCCCGAAAGGAAAGAGAGGAGGUGGAAACCGCGAUGGAAGAGAAUGAGGUCUUAGAGACUCUUCUUGAUUCUAGAGACUUUUCUGAGGAAGAGGAGUGGGUCUUUUCUGAAAAUAAAAGGAUUAUUCGUGAAGCGGAAGAAGCCAAAGUUAUGGACCUCAGGCAAAGAUCUCGCGUCAAAUGGGCGAAGGAAGGGGAUGAAAACUCAAAAUUUUUGCAUGCCAUGAUUAACAGCAGGAAAGCGAGUAACACUAUCCAUGGCCUUGAAGUGAAUGGGGUUUGGAUUUCCAAACCUUCCUUAGUGAAGAAGGAGGUUUUCCGGUUUUUCAGAGACAAGUUUGUGGAGGUUAGUGUUAUGUGUCCGCGUUUGGUGUGUUACCAGUUGAGGCAGAUUUCUUCUUCAGUAGUCGCUUAA